CUUCGUUCUUCGGGGUUCUAUGUUUCGCAAUCGCGAGCAUUUAUUUGGUAGCGAUUUGCUGAUCAUUCGCCUUCCAAAUGCGGUGAACCGUGAUAUUGUCAUCACGUGUGUGCACACAUGAUGACAUUUACGUUCGUUGAGAUGCAAAAACGCAAGGGGUCAAAGAAAGGCUGCCUGUAUAGAAUGUAGAUGUGGACGAGCCAGACGGUCAGUCACCCACCAAAGACUUGCUAUUUCUCCGGUAUUUUUACGAGAACCCCAUGCCGUCCCCUCCACAUGUGCUCGUUUUCCUAAGCCUGAGAUUUAUGCCACGCUCGAAUACUUGCAGGUCAUCUGACGGCAGCGCUUGAACGCUUCUCGGCGCCAAACUGAUUGGCCACUUGUUGACAGCGGCCCGGAGCAGCAGUGAUUGAAUCCUUUAAAUAUCGUCGCUACACUCAAGGUUCGUUCUGCUCAGCUGCUUUCGAACAAUGGCUUCUGGAUCUGAUGUCAAGGUCGAGUUCGACCCCAAGAACAUGCCUUUCCGCAGGCUCGGCCCUAGUGGUCUCCGAGUCCCUGUCUUCUCGCUUGGUGGAUGGCUGACUCUUGGUGGAACUGUGAUCGGCGACCCAGUGAAGGACAUAAUAAAAAUUGCCUUCGACAAUGGUAUCAACAUGUUCGAUACCGCGGAGGCUUAUGCAAAGGGCAAGUCCGAGGUGGAAAUGGGUCGUGUGAUUAAGGAGCUCGGCCUCCGUCGGACAGAUCUUAUCGUCACUACCAAACUAUUCUGGGGUCUGCGCACUGGUCCCAAUGAUGGUGGUCUCUCGAGGAAACAUAUUAUCGAGGGAACAAAGGAGUGUCUCGAGCGUCUUGGUCUUGAUUAUGUUGAUGUUAUCUUUGCGCACCGCCCAGAUGUCUCAGUCCCAAUGGAAGAGACAGUGCGCGCAUUCAACUGGGUAAUCGAGAAGGGCUGGGCAUUCUACUGGGCGACGUCAGAAUGGUCCGCAUACGAAAUUGAGGAGGCGCAGCACAUCGCUACGAAGCUUGGACUCAAUGGACCUAUUGCUGAGCAAUGUCAACACAACAUGUUCCAUCGUGAGCGCCCCGAGAAGGAAUACCGUCCUUUGUACAAGAAGUACCAGCUGGGCACCACUGUCUUCUCCGCUCUUGCUAGCGGUCUUCUUACUGGAAAGUACAACGCCGGUAUCCCAGAGGGGACCCGUUUCUCGACGCACUCCAACUUUUUCAAGGGCACGGUGGAUAGUUUGCAGAAGGAGGAGGGUCUCACGAAGAUCCGCAAGGUCGAUGACUUGAGCGCACUCGCAGAAAAAGAAUUUGGUUGCACUGUCACGCACCUGGCACUUGCAUGGGUCGCAAAGAACCCGAACACCAGCACCGUCAUCCUCGGUGCCUCGAAACCUGAGCAGGUCCUUGAUAACUUAAAGGCUCUCGAGGUCAUUCCCAAACUCACUCCUGAGAUCAUGGACAAGAUUGAGGCGAUCCUGGAGAACCAGCCGGCUGCCCCGGCAACAUUUGGUCGCCCGGCACUUGAUCCUUAUGGUCGUUUGUGAGAAGAAAAGAUUGAAUGCUCCUCGUGUUCGGAAAAUGCAUUCCCAGUACCAAUAGUGUAGAGGUGUUAUAGGAGUGCAUGUGAUUGGCCCAUGUGGAAAUCGAAAAUUUGAGUUCGUCUUGUCUUGUCAUGAAAUAGGGAAUAUGGAGUUCCGCUGUUCGAUAGAUGUCGUAUCAUCUUCCGAGGGUAAUGACAUCGUGAUCCUGAAGGUCGCUCACGGACCGAGAAGCAUGAGUGGGAACUUGCAGUGCACGACCCACAUGUGUCUAUCAACAAGUCGAAUUAGAUCGUUCUUGAAUGCAUUUCACUGCUUGCAUGUCGAAAAUUUUCGUCUUUGGGCUUGCGUUUAUUGAAUGGAGUCUGAAAUCUGAUGGGAUGGAAGGGAUAGAGCGU